AUGUCAACUGAAUGCUCCCGUUCGAAUGCCGACUACACCGUAGGAUGGAUAUGCGCCAUAAGCACCGAGUACCUUGCUGCACAGCUCUGUCUCGACGAAGAACACGAGCCGCCGGAAUAUGUGACCCCCCAUGACAACAAUGAUUACACCUUGGGCCGAGUUGGGAAGCACAAUGUCGUUAUUGCCGUUUUGCCCGACGGCGAGUACGGCACAUGGUCUGCGGCGAGCGCUGCAAGAGAUAUGCUGCACAGCUUCCCAAAUGUCAGAAUCGGCCUGAUGGUCGGCAUCGGCGGCGGGGCGCCGACCAGCAGUAAUGACGUCCGAUUAGGCGACAUCGUGAUCAGCACUCCUCGCGAUGGCGAGGCCGGGGUGUUGCAGUACGACUUCGGCAAAACGAUACAGGAUCAGGCAUUCCGACAGACUGCGUUCUUGAACCGGCCACCGACAGUAUUACUGACGGCGGUGAACGGGCUUAAGACAGAGUACCAGAGGAAACGGCGUCAGCUGGAGGAAGCCAUCAAUCUCAUCAUUCGCGAGCAGGAAGAGGACCUGCAGGAGGAACUCUGCCGGCCACCCGCGAGCAGCGAUAGACUAUAUCUCAGCGAUUUUGUCCAUCCUCGAGGUAAGGAAAACGAUUGCAUGGAGGCCUGUGGCGUCCACUUAUCGAACUUGGUCACUCGACUCGAGCGGAGAAGACCCCAGAGCCCUGUGGUUCACUACGGUCUGAUUGCUUCGGCGAACCAGCUUAUGAAAAAUGCCUUGGUUCGUGAUAAACUCGCAGCAGAACAGGACGUUUUAUGUUUUGAAAUGGAGGCGGCAGGGCUAAUGAACCACUUCCCCUGUCUCGUUGUUCGCGGAAUAUGCGACUACUCAGAUUCCCACAAGAACAAGGAGUGGCAGAGCUAUGCAGCAGUGGCUGCUGCGGUAUGUGCCAAAGAACUUCUUUGUCGAAUAGCCCCAAAUAAGGUGGAAGCUGAAAAGAAGAUAGGAGAUGUUCUUUCCGCAGUGUUGUUCAAGACACGAAAAAUAUUGUCAAAGACUUGGGACUUGAGCAGAGGCGCGAAAAGAUGGAACGCUGGCUGUCGCCGCCAGAUCCAUCGACGAAUUUACAAUAACGCCAUGCGGCAACGCCAGGAAGGUUCUGGCCUGUGGUUCUUGCAAACUGAUGCAUUCGUGGAAUGGAAGCAAAGGCGAAAUUCUUUUUUGUGGCUUCAUGGAAUCCCUGGAUGCGGAAAGACGAUUCUUAGCUCAACUAUCAUUGAAGAUCUCGAGCGGACCAGUCCCCAGGGUCUCCUCUACUUCUACUUUGACUUCAAUAAUACGGGCAAGCAGACACUUGACAGCAUGGUCCGGUCCCUUAUCAGCCAGCUUUACUCUAAAGGUGAAGAUAUGUGGAAGGAAUUGGAUUCCCUCUACUCCUCUUGUCAAGACGGAUGUCGACAACCAUCCUGCGAAUCACUUUGUAAGACUUUCUUACGUAUGAUAGAAGGGAUCAAAGAAGUCUGGAUUGUUCUGGAUGCCCUCGACGAAUGCUGUACAAGGCAAGGGCUAUCGACGGAAGGACUGCUCCUGUGGAUAAGGGAUCUCCUCACCUCGGAGCAGAGAAAUGUCCAUCUUCUUGUGACAAGUCGGCCAGAACAGGACAUCACGUCUGCAGUAAGCGGAUUUGCAGAUAAGGAGGACAUAGUGCCUAUUAAGAGCGACGUUAUUACCGACGACAUCCGUGCGUACGUCCACACGAGAGUGAGAGAGCAUGAAGGGCUCAGGAGGUGGCGGUCGCAACCAGACGUCCAGGACGAGAUUGAGUCCCGACUUGUGGAUCAGGCUGAUGGAAUGUUUCGAUGGGUUGCAUGUCAGCUUGAUGCGCUAGAAAAGUGUUUGGAUUAUCGCACGCUCCAAAUUGCUCUUAAUUCCCUCCCGAAGACUUUGGACAAGACCUACAGAAGGAUCUUGCAUGGUAUUCCGUCAGAAUAUAAGCAAAACGCUGUAAGGAUUCUUCAAUUCCUGACCUACUCUGAGCGGCCACUACGUAUUGAGGAGGUGGUCGAUGCGAUAGCAGUGGAUACCGAGGGGGAACAGUACUUUAACCCAAAACAUAGGAUGCCCGAUCCUCGGGAGGUCGCAUGUUACUGUUCAAGUUUGGUAGUUACGGUUUCCAAACAAGGGCAUUCAGACAAUGACGAUGAUAAGCCUGUGGAGCUCCAGUUGGCCCAUUUCUCUGUCAAGGAAUAUCUGACGUCCAGCCGGCAUGACAAAGACAGUGGCCAAAUCUUUCGGGACGAGGUUGCUGAAGCGUCAAUUGCAACUGUGUGCAUUGCAUAUCUGUUGCAUUUAGACCAGGAUAUUCCAAUACAUCAGAUUAGGAAGGCUUUCCCUUUGGCACAGUAUUCGGCAAUGUACUGGAUGAGCCAUGCUGCAGUGGCUGAACGCAAGAACACAAAACUGCAACGUUUUAUCGAGAAAUUCUUCUGCCACCACAGAAGUUCGUAUAGAAACUGCUACAGCCUGUAUCGCCCAGAUGACCCAUAUUUUGGGGAAGUCGAUUUGAAGGAACCACCUGCGUUGUAUUACGCAUCAUUUGGAGGGUUGACAAACGUGGUACAAUACCUUCUUAGUCGAGGCGCCAAUGUCAAGGCACAAGGUGGAAGGUAUGGCACAGCGCUUAAUGCCGCUUCAUACAGGGGACACGAAGCCGUCGUCAUGCUUCUGCUCGACGGGGACGCCGACUUUGAGGCGAUGGACGGUCUCUACGAUCGGACGCCGCUCUCGUGGGCCGCCGCGAACGGGCAUGAGGCCGCGGCCGACAUCGAGGCGAGAGACUAUGUGUGGUAUGGUCUGACACCUCUCUCGUGGGCCGCCAAGAAUGAGUGCGAGGCCGUCGUCAAGCUGCUGCUUGACAGGGGCGCCGACAUCGAGGCGAAGGAUGGUGUCUACAAUCGGACGCCGCUCUUGUGGGCCGCCGAGAAGGGGCACGAGGCCGUCGCCAAGCUGCUGCUUGACAGGGGCGCCAACAUCAAGGCGAAGGACGGUGUCUACGAUCGUACGCCGCUCUCAUGGGCCGCCGCGAACGGGCAUGAGGUGUCGCCAAGCUGCUGCAAUCCAAAUCUCGAUAGCCUCAUGCAAGAAUCCACGCUUCUCCCAACAUGGAUGGCUAAAUCCCGACCUGGGCCAUGCCACCCUGGCUUCAAAUGA